UCCUCUUCUCCAGUUCUUUUCUCCCCCUCCUCACGAUUCUCCUCUCUCCCAACAACUCCUCUAUCCUCCUAAGGGUGGUGAGAGAGUAGAGAAGAGGAAGCAAUGGAUUCCCAAAGGAGCUCAGGGGCCAGUCUAGCUCGGACUCCUUCUUCCCUCCUCCACUCCUCCCCCCAGAGCCUCUCCACCUUGGCCGAAGAGGACAAUGACGAGGAGAAGCCACCCCGGCCCCGCCCCUCACCAUCCUUCACACCUCUCCUCCUAUCCCUCCCCUUCUUCCUUCUCCUCUUCCUCUACUUCAAAAAGGAGUCUUUUUUCUCCGAGAACCUCCUCCUUGCCUCCGCCGCCAUCUCCGUCGCCUCCGUGAUCGCCCUCCGAUGGAAAGUUCUCAGCGUUGGCCGCACCACCCGGGGGAGUGGGUCGGUCCAGUGGUUUAUCAGCGAUGAAGAUAGGAUUUUGAGGAAGGGGAAGGGGAGCAUUGGGAGGAUAGUGAGGGAAGGAGUGGAGUUUUAUAGCAAUGGGGAUGUAUAUGAGGGGGAGUUCCACAUGGGGAGGUGUAAUGGGAGCGGCGUGUAUAGUUUCCGUGGGAAGGCAAGGUAUGAGGGGGAUUGGGUUGAUGGGAAGUAUGAUGGGUAUGGGGUGGAGAGCUGGACAAGGGGGAGUCGAUACAGGGGACACUACCGGCAGGGUCUGCGGCAUGGGUUUGGAGUGUAUCAGUUCUACAAUGGAGAUAGCUAUGCUGGGGAGUGGCUCGGUGGGCAGAGCCAUGGGAGUGGAGUGCAGACUUGCUCUGAUGGGAGCUGCUAUGUGGGGGAAUUCAUGUGUGGAGUUAAGCAUGGGCUCGGGUGCUACCAUUUCAGGAAUGGUGACAGAUAUAGUGGUGAGUACUUCGGAGACAAAAUCCAUGGUUUCGGAGUCUAUCACUUUGCUAGUGACCACUGCUAUGUGGGCUCAUGGCAUGAAGGCUGGAGACAAGGUUUCGGAACAUACACAUUCCGAAAUGGUGAAAUGAGAUCAGGGGAGUGGGAUUGUGGUGUUUUAAAGAUCUCCCUCCCCCCAUCAGAUCCUGCUGUCCAACGAGCUGUUCAGGCUGCAAGAAAGGCUGCAGAGAAUGUUAUCAUCCUUGCCCGGGUAGAUGAGCUGGUAAAUAAGGCGGUCGCCGCUGCAAAUAGAGCAGCCAUUGCUGCUAGAGUUGCUGCGGUCAAAGCCGUCCAGAACCAAAUGGAUGCAAAGUUGUGUUACACGAAUCACAAAUGUGUGAGGUUAUGCCUCAUUUAAUCUGUUAACUUUAGCUACUAAUUUAUAAACUUGUCGGAGAGCUACCAAUCAGGCAGGCAGUUUAAUACCUACCUGAUCUGAGUGAGAGAAUAAAGAGUGAGAGAAGUAUCUAGCAGCAGAUGCUUGGGAUCUGAUCUACAGACCCACAUCCUUCCCACGUCUGUAAUAUGUACAUAAGCCCACAUGUAUGUGAUUUGAAUAUGAGUUUCUCAGA